CCGGGCCGCGCCGCCUUCCCCUCACUGCCGCCACCAUUGCUGAGGGAAGGGCCGCGCCGGCGCGUGACGCCACGCGGGACACCGCAGGGCAGCGCCACCUGGCGGGAGGGGGCGCCGGAGGGAUCAGCCGCAUGCGCGGGAGCGCCGCUGCCGUCCAGGCCCGGGCCCUGCGCCCAGGCCGGGCUCCCCGCCGCCUCGGGACCAGGCCGGGAACAGCACCGCCCCGCCACCGCCCCGGCCAAAGAGCUCGGCCGCCCCUCACGGUCCCGCAGCCUGGAAUAGUGUCUCCUUUUAAACGAGUCUUCCUGAAGGGUGAAAAAGGUCGGGAUAAAAAAGCCCAGGAGAAGGUUACGGAGAGACGGCCUCUGCAUACGGUGGUGGUGUCCCUGCCUGACCGCGUCGAACCAGACGUGCUGCUGAAUGACUACAUUGAGAAAGAAGUGAAGUAUUUAGGUCAACUCACAUCCAUCCCAGGGUACCUGAAUCCCUCCAGCCGCACGGAGAUCCUGCAUUUGAUCGAUAAUGCAAAGAGAGCACACCAGCUCCCGGGGCAGCUAACCCAAGAACAUGACGCUGUCAUCAGUCUCUCUGCCUACAACAUCAAGCUGGUGUGGAGGGACGGAGAAGAUCUCAUCCUCAGGGUCCCCAUCCACGACAUCGCGUCCGUUUCCUACAUCCGAGAUGACUCCUCUCACUUGGUCGUGCUGAAAACAGCUCAGGACCCUGGGAUCUCCCCCAGCCAGAGUCUCUGUGCCGAGAGCUCCAAAGCCCUUACGUCAGGCUCGCUGUCUGAGAGCGGGGUGGUUCCCCUCGAAGCUUGUUGCUUGGUGGUCCUGGCUACGGAGAACAAAGUAACUGCCGAGGAGCUGUGCUCACUUCUCAGCCAAGUCUUCCAGAUUGUUUACACUGAGUCCACGAUAGACUUCUUGGACAGAGCAAUAUUCGAUGGGGCGUCCACACCGACGCGGCACAUGUCCUUACACAGCGAUGACUCUUCUACAAAAGUGGACGUUAAGGAAUCUUACGAAACGGAAGCAAGCACUUUUUCCUUUCCAGAAACCUUGGAUGCAGGUGACAACUCCCCCUCUUCCUUCUCCACGCAACAGUCUCCGCACGUUAAGACGGUCAGUGAGAGCGAGCUGAGCACCACGGCGACAGAGCUGCUGCAGGACUAUAUGAUGACGCUCCGAACGAAACUCUCUUCCCAAGAGAUCCAGCAGUUUGCAAUGCUCCUGCACGAGUAUCGCAACGGGGCUUCGAUCCACGAAUUCUGCAUCAACUUGAAGCAGCUCUACGGGGACAGCAGAAAGUUCCUGCUCUUAGGUCUUCGGCCCUUCAUCCCUGAGAAGGACAGCCAACACUUCGAGAACUUCCUCGAGACCAUCGGGGUGAAGGACGGCCGGGGCAUCAUCACAGACAGUUUCGGGAGGUACAGGCGGACUCUGAGCACCACCUCCAACUCCACCACCAACGGCAACGGCGCUGCCGGCAGCUCGGACGACCAGUCCGUCCCUUCGGAGGAGGACGAGUGGGACCGAAUGAUCUCGCACAUCAGCAAUGACAUCGAAGCCCUGGGGUGCAGCAUGGACCGCGAUUCCUCCUGAGGGCGAAGUGGGGGGACGCUCCCCCUGCCUCGGAGAGACCCCGCAGCGGUGCCUGGACCCUGACCGUCGCUCCGGAAGAGGUUUUGGGGCUAGAUCAGGAUGUAACUACUCUCCCAUCCUUGUUAACAGCUCCAAGCAGCAGCCGGCCGCUGUCCUCUCACCGUGCCGACACGCUGCGGUGGAGGACCCCGAACCAACCCUGGUUUGGUUUUACCGGCGCAGCGGUGAGCGAGGCCGGGGAGACGAGUCGGCUACAACCCUCUGCCUGGUUUACAGUUUUGCACACAGUAUCCCUCUUGUAACUGCUCUCCUCUUCCUCCUCUUCUUCCUCUCCCCGUUUUUGAAUGAAGUUUACCACAAUGUGAAUUAUUUAAACCUAUUGUCGAUGUUGUCGAAGCAUUUCGGCUCCAGCCCCGCAGGAGAAGCUGCCGAUGCUGCGGUGGCAGCGAACGCCGGCCGUGCCCCGAGCUUUGCGCUUGGGCUGCUGCAUCCUGCCCUGCAAACCCGUUUCCAACGCCCCCAGCUUUGCUCAGGAAUAGUGGGGGGCCCCGGGGAGGUGGGGGGGCACACAGAUGCCAUUUUACCUGCCAGCAGGCUGGGGUGCAGGCAGCUGCCGGGGCAUCACCUUCCUGCCGAGCACAAGGACUCACUGCAUGUGUGUGUGUGUGUCCCCGAGUCUGAGGGACCCCACGGUCCUCCAACACCCGUCCUGGGGUUCAUGGUGCUGGCAGGAGGUGACGGGGGGCUGCCAGGGCUCCCCGGGGACCCUGCUGUCCCAUGUCCCCUCCUGGGCCACCACAGGGACAGGAGAGCUGAUCCAGGAAGCUGGGGGGCUGCAGGGGGGUGUACAUGUUGUAUAUAUUUUACAGACAGUUAUAAAUACACACUUAUUUUUUUAAUCUGUAGCCCCUGCCUGAGGAGCGCUCCCAGGCAGAGGGAGGUGCCCCAUGGGGGGCACCGGAGAAGGGUCGGGGGGGGCCCCCAGUUAUCCUAGAGCCACAACCAGGAGGGUGACGGGGCUGGAAGAGGGAUGGGGCAGCCCAGGCAGCACCCCAGGGAUCAGCCGGGGUCUCUGGCACCCAUGGGUGGCCCUGGCUGGGUCUGUGCCUGUGCUGGAGCCCCCCCCCCAAGCUGGGGGUGCCCGGUGAGGGGGGGGCUGUGUGUGCUUUGAGGCCAGACGCUGGCUCAGCAGUCUGGGGGAUCCAGCCUCCUCCUGCCCCUUCCUCCGCUCUUUGUCCCCAACGCCCCCGCUGUCCGUCCCAGGGGGGAGCAGCCUUCAUCCCCCCAUCCUCCCCCUCCCCAGCCAUUUCUUACCUGCCCAGCCCGGGAUCGCAGGCACUGGCCCUCGGUACGAUCCUGCACGGAGCUGCCAUCCUGCCCCCCUCCACUCCCGGGGGUCCCCACGGCCCCCAUCCCUCCUUCCCCAGGACUUUAGGGGUGAACGUGCUCGAGUCACCCCGGUGCUCAGGUGUGCAGCUCCCUGGGGAGCCGGGGACUCACCUGCCAGGGGACAAGGGGUGGCUACAGCCGGCGUCCGCCCUCCAACAGCCCUUUUCCUUCCAGUUUUGGGGUUGAUAAACUCCGGAGCAGGAGGUUGGGGGUCCCAAAGAGGGUCCCCCCCAGCCGCUGGGGGAAGGGGGUUGGCCAGGCCACAUCCAUCCUGGAGAGCAUCUUCCCUAGGAGCAAACCUUGAUGGAGAAGCUCCGAGGUUUCCUCCUCCUGCCGUGGGGUUUUGCCGUCCGCCGUGGGAAGGGGAGAUGAGGGUCCUGGCUCCAGCCCCCGCCUCUCCGACCCCGGGGUCCUCUGGAGUUGGGGAUGAAGGUUUUCCUCCUCCUCCUCCCUCCCAGGAGGCAGCGGCUGGGAGUGCUCGGAGCUGGGGGCAGGUUCUUAGUGCCUUUUUAUGAUUUACAGGUUAAAAGCAAAUCGCACACGUGGAUGUUUGAGUCAUUAAAGACUUAAAUUUGGAAAAAAAAAGCCCUAUUUUUGACAUGAUUGUAUACGGAGAGCUAUAAAACAGAAGCUGUAACAGCUCGUGGUGGGGUUUGUUUGGUUUUUUUUUUUUAAUACUUCAAUGGGAAAUGGGAGUUAAUUCUGGAAAUAACCCUGUGUUGUAGCGUUCCGGUGGCAGCAGCCGGGGGUUUGUCACCUCCACUCCAGCCCCGGAGCGUCCCCAGCCCCGGUGGCACCAGGGGCCGCGGCGGUGGCUGUGUAUGUAUGCUUAAUGUACGGAGUAUGUGUUACAGGUAAAUAUAAUUCUG